GCCGCAUUAUCUUUCGACGUUCAUGGGACGCGUGCAGCGGUCCGAGCAUGUCUUCGCAUACCCGUGGGAGGUCGUGUCUGCCGCGUUCUGGCGAAAGUAUCCCCAUCCCAUGCUCCCGCAUGUGGAGAAGAUGGAGGUGAUCUCCCGCUUCCUCGACGAGCAAGGGUGUCUCCACACGGCGCGCUUGGGCAAGUGCACUCCCGCCAAUGUCCCGUCAUGGGUAACGAGGGUCCUGGGGACGCAUUACUCGUACGUGUACGAGGAAUCCGUGUGCGAUCCCGUGGACAAGACGCUUCGCCUUCAAUCCGCCAAUUUGUCCUUUCGGUCCCUUGCUGUCGUUGACGAAAUCUGCUCCUACUCCGCUCCUCCAAGGUUAAGCUCUUCCGCUCCGACAACACUCUACACCCAGACCUCUCGUGUUCGAGCAUUUUUCCCGUUCGUCUCCCGAGCGUUCGAAGAGUAUUGGGUCGAGCGCGGCACUGAAGCUGCACACCAGGGAAUCUCAGCGAUGGAAGACCUGUGCUCCGAACAGUGCCAUACACCACGAUAAUACUUAAAACGAGCCCGAGUUGUUACUGCGUCCUCCCGACGAUAGACAAGACCGCGGUCCCGACAGCGACGACGUGGAUUUGGACGACGACGGCGGCGGUGCUGCUGCAUAUUCCCUGGCCGCUGCCACGAUUUGCUUGCUUCGUUCAGCGCCGCAUGUCGACGCAGCUGGACGCGGCGCCGAAUCUCUUCUUCCUCGCGCUGCCGAAGCAAUUCGGCUUUUUCCGCGUGUUUGAAUUCUUGCUGAAGGAUCGCGAGUUUGCCCUUGUGUUUCUCGGGAUCGAUGACGCGGCCAGCCUUGUCGAUCAUGCCCACGUCAUACAAGUGGUGCUGUAGCUUGCGGUUCUCGAAAAAGUGGCGCAGGUUGUGGUCCGCCAGUGCAUUGUACUCUGGCAGCUUUUGGUUGUGCGUGUUACUGUCGAAACCUUGCUCGCGCCGCUUCAUUUCGUUGUGUCGUGAUCAGGGCGCCAGAGUCAGAGUGCGAAGGGCAGUGUCAAGGUGGCUAAAUAUACCUUCCAAUCCCUUGG